UUCGAACAUAAUCCACCUUUGCAUCCCCAUCUACAUUCCCAUCACCAGAUUCGGUAGAUUCCAUUCCCUCUCUCUCUCUCUCCCUCCCUCCGCAAGCAUUAUUCUAAACUCCUCUCCUCUCAUCCUCUCCAGCACCCAACCAAAAGGCCAGGGGAGGCUGUCUCAUUUUCCAUCCUUUUCCAAUCCCAAGAACGACCCGACUCGCCUUUUGCCCCCCUUCUCUUUCCUAUGAAAUUUGGGAAGGAGUUCACGACCCAUCUGGAGGAAACCCUGCCCGAGUGGAGGGACAAGUUCCUCUCCUACAAGCCCCUCAAGAAGCUCCUCAAGAGGUUCCCCUCCUCCGCCGCCGCCGACUCGCUCCCCCCGCGCCCCGGCCGCGACCCGAAUGGGGCGCUCCAACCGGGCGCCGGGCCCUUGGUGGACUCGCAGGAAUGGUUCGUCAGGAUCUUGAACGAGGAGCUCGACAAGUUCAAUGAUUUCUACGUCGACAAAGAGGAGGAGUUCGUCAUCCGCUUCCAGGAACUGAAGGAAAGGAUAGAGCGUGUUAAAGAAAAGAGCAGCAGAGCUGGGACUUCUACAUCAGAAUUUAGUGAACAAAUGAUGGAAAUCCGUAAGGACUUUGUUACAAUCCACGGAGAGAUGGUGCUUUUGAAAAAUUACAGCUCCCUUAAUUUUGCAGGCCUUGUUAAGAUCUUGAAGAAAUAUGACAAAAGAACAGGCGGCGUAUUGCGUCUGCCAUACACUCAGCUUGCUCUCCAUCAACCCUUUUUUACAACCGAAUCACUCACGGGGCUAGUACGAGAAUGUGAAGAGAAUCUUGAACUCCUAUUCCCUCUGGAAGCGGAAGUUAUUGAAUCAAGCCCAGCCACUGGCAGCCCCUCAAACCAACAGACAAAUGACACUGCUGAUGUCCUGACAGAGCCAUCCUCGACACUUGGGGAGGAAGCCACGGACAUUUAUCGGAGCACCCUUGCUGCGAUGAGAACGAUUCAAGGCCUCAAGAGAGCGAGCUCUACCUACAAUCCACUUUCCUUUUCGUCCUUCUUUAGACAUGAUGAUGAAAGUAAUGGCGCUGUGACCUCCGAAGACUCGGCCUCAAAUUCCCCUUGCACAGUGCAGAAGGGGGAGGACACUGAUGGGGAGGACGCAGAUGGGUCCCUCUAAUCUGGUGAAGUUACUUUAUUUGAUUUUGGAGAACUAAUGGAAUUGAAUAAUCACGCUAAUGUGAGCAGCGUGAAGAAGCUGACUGCAAUCAAUGUGAGUGAACAGCAAGGCACUGUACAGUCCAUAGGCACAGCUUCUGCACUUGAUGUAAUUGAGCUUUUUAAGCACACUUUCUGGAGGGUUUGCUCUUGGUACAAGCCAUGUGCAAUUUGCUUUGCAUUAAAUGUUGCUUUUGUUCUUGAAAAUAUGAAGCACAGGAAGUGGUGAGUGUUCGAUUAGUUGACUGGUAAGUUUGUAUUAUUGUUUUGCUCAUCAGGUGAAUCAGGAAGCUUAGUCUCUGAGAAGUGAGAACUGCAGUAUCCAUCUCUCUUUUGACUUCUCGCACCACUGUUUUCAUUU